AUGAUUUUUCCCACAACGGUCUUCUGUUUGGCUCUUUUCUCGUUUGUGGAAGGUUUUCAACUACUUCCAAGGCAGCAGGCAGCAGGUCUAGCCAAAGUUGGUUCAACUCCAUCAAGAAGCACACGUUUGUUCUCAUCCGAUGCCGAUGAAUCUGAGAAAAAAGAUGAUCGGAUUGAUUUGUCUCUUGAUGACAGGCUCUAUCGGAUGCGAUUGCCACGAGCGCCAGGCAUUGAAUGGGGGACAGACCUAAGCUUUUCAUUUGUGUAUGUUAGAGACUUGGACCCAGUGGGACCAGCUUCCAUGUCGGGUAAGGUGUCAAAAGGAGAUCAAUUGUGUGAACUCAUUCCAGUUGAAUCCGAAGGGAAACCACUGAAUCUACUUGGGGCUUCUUUCGACAACGUUAUGGGCGCAUUUGCUGGAUUGGGCAAAACUGUAACUGAGGUAGAUCUAGUUUUCUUCAAGGGUACCAAAGAUGAGCUCAAAGAAGCGUGUACUGGCGAUGAGAGCGGAGCAAACUCUGAUAUCAUCACCGUCACCGUAGUCCAGAACAAAGGCGCUGAAGAUGAAAGUGUUGUAGAACUACAAGCUAAAGCUGGGGUGAAUAUCAGACAGUUGCUGGUAGACAAUGGGAUUAAUGUCUAUCAGAGUGUGACGAGGUUCACGAACUGUAAAGGAAAGCAACUUUGUGGAACGUGUAUCGUCAACGUUCCAAACGGCUUGGAAAGCACCAACUGGAAGUCGAUGGACGAGGCUUCGACCCUUCGUGACAACCCUGAUUCAUACAGAUUGUCAUGCAUCUCAUUUGCAUACGGGGAUGUUACCGUCGAGACCCUCCCACCUGUUGAAAAGUAUCAAUGGACAAGAUAA